UUCUGUAUAUUAAGACGUUGAUUCUGAAAAGAAACUUAAGACACAAGUAAAUAAAACAGAAUUUAAGAUGGCACUCUAUUGUCAAAGUUAUUGAAAUAAAGAAAAUCUAGUUAUUUAAGACAACGUAGUAGUACGUCAAAAGUAUACGAAGAAGAAAAUAAAAGGUUAUUUCACAAAGAAUAAUUAAAACUAUUUAAAAUAAAUCGCAGUAAAAUACGAAAAACGUUUAUAAAGAAUUAGUCAUUAAAAUAAUGCCAAAUUCGUUAGCUGUUUGUGAAUCAUUUGAUUUUUCAAAACCAGAAUUAUGGUUGGAAUGGAUACAAAAUUUCGAGGAGUUAAUAGCCGAUUUUAAUUUGAUAUCUGACAAAGAAAGGAUAGAACUUCUUCUUUAUAAAAUGGGUUCAAUAGCAAAAGAACUCAUGACAGAAUUAAAGCCAAAUUUUGAAAAGGAAAUGUCUUAUGAAGAAGUGAAAAGUGAAUUUACUAAAUAUUUUACUGUCAAGAAACAUGUCAUUGUCGAACGACAGAAGUUCAAUAAUAGAUUAAAACUGCCUAAUGAAACGAUAGAUGCCUUUACAACUGAUCUACUUAAAUUGGUGAGUAAAUGUGAAUAUGGACCACUGGAGAAUUACAUGUUACGAGAGCGCAUUUUACUUGGAAUUGGAUACAAUGAAACAUCAGCAUUGAUAGAUGCUAUGCCCAAUUUUACUUUAGACGAACCAAUGUCCAAAGAGAAAAAGGAAAAAAUACAAGAAGACAGUAUUUCUGUUGAAAGUAUUUUAUCAUAGUGAUUGUAAAAACUGCCAAAAAUGAAGUUGCAGAAAUUUUCCUAAAAAAAAAGCGCACAGAUCAGUGGUAGAAUAAUAAAAUAACGAGUUUUUUUUUUUAAUCUGACAAUCCAAUUAAGCAAACUGAAAAAUCUGAAAAAUUAUAUAUAAAAUAAAAUGAUACAGAAAAGAACUUGUGGUUUCUUUUAAAUUAAAUUCUUAUUAUUUUUGCAUUAUAAAAUUUGUUUUACUUUUUGAUUAAAAAAAUUUCAAUUUUCAUUAAAAAUCAAAGAGACUUGGUGAAUUAUUUAUAAAUAUAUACAACAAUGACAUAAUAAAUAACAAAAAAUGUUGUUUCAUAUCAUUGCAUGUUUAAAUGUUAUACAUGUAACAAUUAUGAAAAGAACAUCAGUGUAAUUAAGUUAUAUUUACAAUUAUUCAGAAGAAUAUAUGUUUCAUUUAUAUUUGUAUUAUAUCUUGUAUAAUUUAUAUUUGUAUUAUAAUGAAAUAUUAUAUCUAAUAAACAGUACAAAAGUAGAGUACAAUUA